CUUUGCCAAUUGGAAAGUUAAAAGCACUUUUUCUCCCCCACUUAACACCUCCUCUCUCCCCCCCCAUCUCUCUCUCCUUCGCCCUCCCUCUCCCUCUCCCUCUCCCUCUGUGGUUUCGGCCAUGGGAGACAUUGAGGAAGCAUGCAACACGGGGUUGUUUCUAGGGUUAAGCGUUGGUGGGAGCACGACGAAGCGCAAGGAAGAGAAGAAGAAGAACAAGCAGAAUAACGACGCUCCUUCGACGGUGGGCCUGGGGCUUUCCUUCUCCAUUAACUGCUCGUCAUCAAAGGUGGAAGCUGAUGAUCAUCCCUGGGACAGCAUUAACAACGCCGAAUAUCCAGCCAGGUCAAGCUUCCACAACAGCUUUGUUGACCAAUCUCCAGAUGACCACAUCAGUCCACCUCGUACCAGCAACGACGACGGCGGAGAUUUUAACGGUGGCCGGAAGAAACUCAGAUUGACGAGAGAACAGUCUGCCUUGCUCGAAGAAAGCUUCAAACUUCACACCACUCUCACACCGGCACAGAAACAAUCAUUGGCUGACCAACUCAAGUUGAAGCCUCGGCAAGUGGAAGUUUGGUUUCAGAAUAGGAGAGCAAGGAGCAAACUGAAGCAGACAGAAGUGGACUGCCAGUUCUUGAAAAAAUGCUGCGAGACCUUGAGCGACGAGAACCGGAGGCUGAAGAAAGAAUUGCAGGAGUUGAGAUCGUCAUCGUCGCCAUAUGUCCAAGGACCGGGGACAGCGGCAGUGAUGUUAUGCCCUUCUUGCGAGGAACUCACGAGAGGUAAUUCUGAAGCCACGAGGAAAGAGAACUGCGAUAUCUGAGGUUCCGGGGAAGAAGGGAGGAAAACAAGUAGCAGAAAAAAGCAGGGUGGAUUUGGUCAGGCGGAGCGGAGCGAACUAAUCGAAUGACAAUCUAGUUUUAUCAGAUGAUCAUGUAGGAGCCCAUUUAACCAAAACCCCUUGUAGAUAACAUGAGCAGAAAGAAAGAGAGAGAGAGAGAGAGAGAGAGAGAGAGGCUACUUUGAAUCGGAAUAAGCUUGGAAUAUGCAGGGAUUUUUGCACGUCUGUUUUCCAUCGAUGAGGACUUCCAUGGCUAGACAAGUUUUUUUCUUCCUUCUUUUUUUGAAAUAUUUUUCCCUUUUGCCCUUCACUUGGGGGUUUGAAUAGGCACAAUAAGUGAAAGAAUCUCUCCUUGAAGCCUCGUCGCAUUCACACCGUUGCGGUUUGACCAUCUCCCUCGCUCUCUUUUGAGGGAGGUUGACUGGAGAAUAAUGAUUAUGCGCUUCGUUGGUC